AUGAGUUUCUUUAGGUCUAAAUAGAUGAAAUAUUAUAGUUUAGUCAUCCCAAGAGAGAGUGCUUGGGUGGUCAUGGAUCAAUUGGGAAGACUGGGAUAGUUACAUAUGAUAGAUUAUGAUCCUCUAAUACCAAUGAUGAAUCGACCAUUUGCCAAUUAUGUAAAAAGGUACUUAAAACCUAGAUUAUCUUAGAUGUGAUGAAGCAUUGUUCAAAUUGAUCGGAAUUGAGUCGCUCCUAAAGUAAUUCAAAAAAAAUCUAAUACAUUGUGAAGAUACCCAAAAAUUACUUGAUCAUUUUAGAGACAUAUAAAAUUCAAGAUAAAAACCUGGACAUACUUAUUUUGAUGAAUUAGAGCAAGUAAUAGAGAAAAAAAAAAAUCAUAUUUAAGAGAUGUCAAAUAAUUUGUAGAAUUUAUUAGAUAGAGUAGAUUCAAUUACAGAAUAAAAAUUAGUACUAGAAAAAGCAAAAGAAUUUCUGGGAAAAUCAAUGUUUUCAUAGUAAGUUGAGAUGUAUAACUUAGAUCAAUUCCUCAUUAUCUGAAUGAUUAUUAACAAUUAAAAUUUGGACAAUUAAUUGGUGUCAUUGAUAAAGAGGAUGAAACCAGAUUUAAAAGAAUAAUGUUUAGAAUUACAAAAGGUAAUGCAUGGGUUAAUAUUGUGGAUCUUUUGCCUGAAAAAUAACACCAUUAAAUAAAAACAUCAAUAGAUCUCAAUAGAGUAAUUGUUCUUCUUUAAGCAAGGCAUAAUAACCAAGAUGUUUGUAUGUUGUUGUUUAUCCUGGAAUGAAUGAUUAGAGUACUUUGAAAUAGAAAUUGCUCAAAGUUUGUGACUCAUUUGCUAAAAACAGAAUAGAAUAUCCAAAUUCUUAAGAAGCUAUGGAUAACAAAUUAAGGGAAUUAUCAAUUCAAAUUAAUGAGGCAUUAAAUUUAAUUUAAAUGACCAAAAAAUAAUUAGAUGUUACAUUAGAUGAGUUUGUUAAGGAGUAGAAUGGUUGCAAUUGCUCUUACUUUGAAUAGUUAAGAUUAUAUGUUUUGAAAGAGAAAUAUCUCUAUGUUAAUUUAAAUUACUUACUGAUGUAAGGUUCAAUUUUUACUGGAUAAUUCUGGUUACCUGAAGGACUUGAAGCUUAAGUUGAAGAUAAAUUAAGAAAUGCAAUGUAGAAUAGUAUUGACAGAUUUCCGACAGGAUAAAUUUAGUAGAUAUAACCAAAACCAGGAGAUCUGGCUCCUACUUAUUUCAAUCUGAAUGAAGUUACAAUGCCAUUUUAAGAAAUUGUAAAUACAUAUGGAGUACCCAGAUAUCAAGAAGUUAAUCCUGGCUUAUUCACAGUAAUAACAUUCCCAUUUCUAUUUGGUGUAAUGUUUGCAGAUAUUGCUCACGGUUUCUUAUUGCUAUUAUGUGGAUUGUAUGUGAUAUUCUGGAAAAAAUAAUUAAAGAGAUAAACAGAUUCUAUGUUUAAUGCAAUGAUCCCAUUUAGAUAUCUAUUAGCUCUCAUGGGACUCUUUGCAUUCUAUAAUGGAUUAAUAUACAAUGAUUAUCUCUCAAUAUCUCUUAAUCUUUUUGGUAGUUGUUAUUAUCCUAAACACGAGGAAUGGGAAAGGGAAUAGAAUUGUGUAUAUCCAUUUGGUAUUGAUCCUGUUUGGUUGGCAUCAGGGUCAAGUCUAAAUUUCAUGAACUCCUAUAAAAUGAAAUUAUCUGUAAUUUUAGGAGUAACUCAUAUGUUAUUUGGAAUUCUAAUGAAAGGGGCUAAUACUUUAUAUUUCAGAAACUAUUUGGAUUUUUUCUGUGAAUUCAUCCCCCAAUUGUUAUUUAUGGCCUGUACAUUUGGUUGGAUGGAUUUCCUAAUCAUGAUGAAAUGGUUGAAUGUGUAUCCAAAUGGGAAAGAUCCUAGUAUCAUAGAGACAAUGAUUAAUCAAGUUCUAAAACCUAUGGAGGAAUCUGCCACGCCAGUUUUUCCAAAUAAUGCUCCUUUAUAGUUAACUUUAACUUAGUGGUUAACGGUGAUUGCACUAGUUAGUAUUCCUUGGAUGUUACUGCCAAAACCGUUAAUUUUGAGUUUAAGUCACAAGAAACAUAGGGUGAGUGAUCCUCAAUAAUAAAAAUUGAUUCCUGAAAAACAAGGAUCUGAGGAUAUUGAUUCUUAUUAAUUUAGAAAGGAUUUGCAGUUUGCUAUUUCUAGCAAGAGUGUUGAAAUUUCCGAAUAGGAGCAUGAUUCUGGUGAAAUUUGGGUGCAUCAGAUGAUCGAAACAAUCGAAUUCGUUUUAGGAGGUAUAAGCAACACUGCAUCAUAUCUUCGUUUGUGGGCAUUAUCUCUGGCUCAUGGGUAAUUAGCAGAAGUGUUUUAUGAUAUGUGUAUUGCAGGAAAAAUUGAUAUGGGUGGAAUUGUAGGUGGACUUAUGGGUGGAUACUUUUAUAUUGUGUUUGCUUUGUUGACAUUUGGAGUAUUGAUGAUGAUGGAUGUUAUGGAAUGUUUUUUGCAUGCCUUAAGAUUGCAUUGGUAUAUAUUUUGUAUCAUAUCUUAAGGGUUGAAUUCUAAAGUAAAUUCUAUAAGGCUGAUGGAUAUCUUUUCGUUGGAUAUUCCUAUAACAAAGUUUUAUCAGAACAUCUUAAAUGAUUUUAUAGGAUUGGAAAAG